AUGGCCAACUAUUUCCUUGAGAAACAGCUUGAAGCCAUCGCAGUAGAAACAGGGACAAGUGUGCGAAGCUUGCGAAACAAGAUCCGGGAGGCUGCGGUUGGGCUGUCUCUUGCCACCGCUUGCAGUGGGACUGACAGUCCUAUCGUCUUGGCAAAGCACAUGGGACUGGAGACCUCAUUCAGCUGCGAGUUCGAUGAGUUGAAGAGGACAUGGAUCCUUGAGAAUUUCCCCGAAACGCAGCGGCUCUUCUGCGACAUCAAGUCCUUGAAGCGUGAUGAGGUCCUGAACGUUGUCACGGGAAGGAAGGAACGGGUGCCAUCCGCCGACAUUUUCAUCACCGGUUUCGUGUGCAAGUCCGUCUCCUCUGAGAACAAUGAACGCAAGACCUACAAGAAUUGCAUUCAGGAGGGCCGGGGCGAGACGGGAGAGACCUUCAGUGGCAUGAUGGAUUACAUCAAAAAACAUGCUCCGCCCGUGGUCAUUGCUGAAAAUGUCAAGGGCAUCACCAACCGCAUCGAUGGCGAGGAACCAGUGAUCCUGCAGGUGGUUGAGGCCAUGAGGAAGGCCGGAUACCACUUUGAGUACCGUAUCCUGAACACCAGCGAUUUCAUGAUCCCCCAGAGUCGCAACCGCUGCUGGAUGGUGGGACUUCGCCGUGAUCGCUUCAGCGCGGAAGAUGUCGAGGAGGUCUUCGAGAUGGUUCAGCAGAUGAAGGCGCCCAAGACCAUGGCUUUGAAGAAAUAUUUCGCCCACUUCAAGGUUGGCACAGCUGGAAUGCCUGAGAACCGAACCUUGAACCCCCGUCAGAGGAAGGUGUUGAAGGCCGGCUUGAAGAAGGUGCCGCACCGCAGGCCUCGGGACCAGGUCAUUGUGGAUGUGGCCAAGAGCGAACAGAGGUCCCCAGUGCAGCUGCAACGCACGCCUUGUUUGGUGGCCAAUAGCACGAUGUACUGGGCAAACCAGCAGCGCUUCCUGAGUGCUGAAGAGGUGUUGGCACUGCAAGGCAUCUUCACCAAGGAUUUCAAGGCGGCGAGGGGCAAAUUCCUGACCAAACAUCGUCGCCUAUGCCAUGAUCUUACUGGCAAUGCCUUCUCCAUGAGCGUUUGCAGUGCCGUGCUGAGUGCUGUGAUGCUGAAGCUUGCUGAAACCUAG